GUCAACGUGUUCAGCAUGAAUGGGAAUGAGCUGCUGGGCUGGAAGCCAUACCGACGCUGCCAGAGUGUCAUCCAUCAGUGCCCAGCAGCCUGUCAGUGCCCAGCAGUGUCGCCCAUCAGUGCUGCCCAUCAGUGCCACCCAUCAAUGAUGGCCCAGCAGUGCCAUCCAUCAGUGCCCAGCAGUGUCGCCUGUCAGUGCUGCCCAGCAGUGCCACAUGUCAGUGCCCAGCAGUAUCGCCCAUCAGUGCUGCCCAUCAGUGCCACCCAUCAAUGAUGCCCAGCAGUGCCAUCCAUCAGUGCCCAGCAGUGUCACCCAUCAGUGCCCAGCAGUGUCACCUGUCAGUGCUGCCCAGCAGUGCCACCUGUCAGUGCUGCCCAGCAG